AUGUGGGAUAAGAGGGUAGUAGAGAAGAUUGAUGCUGUUUUGGGCAGUUAUGUGGCGGCUUGUUCUUUCAAAAAUGUGGCGAAUGGUCUUGUUUGGGCGUUCGCGGGGGUGUAUGGGCCUAAUAGAGUCAAUUCUAGACGUCUUCUUUGGGAGGAGCUGGCAGGGGUUAUGAGUUGUUGGGAUAUGCCGUGGUGUAUUGGUGGGGACUUCAAUGUUACUCUUUAUCCAAGCGAAAGAUCGAGGGGAGUUUAUUCUCGAGCUACCAUGAGGGAUUUUGGUGAAUUCAUUUCGGAGCAGGGCCUCAUGGACCUUCCCUUAGUUGGGGAGAUCUCCACUUGGUCCAAUAGUCGCUCUUGGUCUAGGCUUGACCGGUUUCUAGUUUCUACGGAUUGGGAGGUUGUUCAUCCGGAUCUGAGGCAAAAAAGGAUGCUUCGGGUUUGCUCCGACCAUGCUCCUAUUAUGCUGGAGUGCAAUCCGUUUUCGGGAGGUAAAAGACCCUUCAAAUUCGAGAAUAUGUGGCUAAAAGCGGAGGGUUUUGUGGAUAAAGUUCGUAGUUGGUGGGCCUCGUAUGAUUUUCAUGGCACCCCAAGUUACAUCCUUUCUAAGAAGCUGCAAGCUCUCAAAUAG